UACCAUUCACUCUCCAAGGGAACCAGCUCCUGGUGCUGAUCUGAACCCCAGCUGACACCAUGUGUGAUGACGAUGAGACCACUGCUCUUGUGUGUGACAAUGGCUCUGGCCUGGUGAAGGCUGGCUUUGCUGGAGAUGAUGCUCCUCGUGCUGUCUUUCCCUCCAUUGUUGGUCGUCCUCGCCACCAGGGUGUGAUGGUAGGUAUGGGACAGAAAGACUCUUACGUGGGUGAUGAGGCCCAGAGCAAGAGAGGCAUCCUGACCUUGAAGUACCCGAUUGAGCACGGCAUUAUCACCAACUGGGAUGAUAUGGAGAAGAUCUGGCACCAUACCUUCUACAAUGAGCUGCGUGUGGCCCCUGAGGAACACCCUACGCUGCUCACAGAGGCUCCACUUAACCCUAAAGCCAACAGAGAGAAAAUGACACAGAUCAUGUUUGAGACCUUUAAUGUUCCGGCCAUGUAUGUGGCUAUCCAGGCUGUGCUUUCACUGUAUGCUUCUGGCCGUACCACUGGUAUUGUGCUGGACUCUGGAGAUGGAGUGACCCACAACGUUCCCAUCUACGAGGGUUAUGCUCUGCCCCAUGCCAUAAUGCGUCUGGAUUUGGCCGGUCGUGACCUGACUGACUACCUGAUGAAAAUCCUGACUGAACGCGGCUACUCUUUUGUGACCACUGCUGAGCGUGAGAUUGUGCGUGACAUCAAGGAGAAGCUGUGCUACGUAGCUCUGGACUUUGAGAAUGAAAUGGCCACUGCUGCUUCCUCUUCUUCUCUGGAGAAGUCCUACGAGUUGCCUGAUGGCCAGGUCAUCACUAUUGGAAAUGAACGUUUCCGUUGCCCCGAGACCCUAUUUCAGCCUUCCUUCAUUGGUAUGGAGUCUGCUGGCAUCCAUGAGACCACCUACAACAGCAUCAUGAAGUGCGACAUUGACAUCCGUAAGGACUUGUAUGCCAACAACGUCCUAUCUGGCGGCACCACCAUGUACCCAGGUAUUGCUGACCGUAUGCAGAAGGAGAUCACAGCUCUGGCCCCCAGCACCAUGAAGAUCAAGAUCAUCGCUCCCCCUGAGCGCAAAUACUCAGUCUGGAUUGGUGGCUCCAUCCUGGCUUCCCUGUCCACCUUCCAGCAGAUGUGGAUCAGCAAACAGGAAUAUGAUGAGGCCGGUCCAUCCAUCGUCCAUAGAAAGUGCUUCUAAAUGUAAUGAUGCCCAGGAUACGCUACUGAUUUUGAAUGAUAACCUGCUCAAAUUCUUAACAUUACCUCCGCAUGUUAUGCAUGCAGGCAGUUUUUGCCUUUAUAUUUCCUUGUACAGUAUGUUUACACCAAAGUGCACAUUUUUUGUAGUUAUGUACUUGUUCCUAAAUUAAUUUGUAUGUGAAUAUUUAUUGGUUUUUAAAUAAACAAUAAU